AUGGCGACGGGAACACCGGCCUGCGUCUCCGCGCGCCUCAGGGAGGAGGAUGGCGGCGGAUGGUGCCGAUGCGGCAGGGCCGGAGGCACAACCUACCUGCUCCCGAGCGUGGCCGAAAGAGGAAACACGGCGUGGGCGAGCCGCCUUAUCUUCCGGGGCGGGGCCCAGAGCCGCGACACCUUCCGGGCGCGCCACGGCCGGCCGAGCGCGGUGCACGCCGGGGCUUGUAGUCACCAGCGGCCGCAGCCCCCGCCUACUUCGCCGCCUGGGCCCCCGACCAGGCGCAAGCGGGAGUCCUGGUGUGCGCGGGCCCAGCGGGGCGAAGGAGUGCCGGGUCUUCACAGGGCUCUGGAGAAGGACAAGUGUUCUCUGAGCGGCCUGUCUCGGGUGUCACAGCGCGGCCCACUCCGGGCUGCGGGGUCCGGGCUUCCGUGUAGGCUGCGGGGGUUCCUGCUGGUGCAGAGCAGGAGACUGGCAGGGGAGACGCGCGGACCCACUCGGGGAACGUCGUGGCCCUUGGAGAGGUCGGACGUCGAGGAGAGGAGCCCGGGGAUCCCUGCCAAAAGUGGGGAGGCCAGGUGGUGGGGUCCCAAGGGCGAGGAAGGGGCGGGACUGGGUCACGUGCUGCGGAGACAGAACCCUGUGCGAGAGGCGGCUGGAGGGGCUAGACCCCGAGGCCGGGGGCGGGGAAGAGGUGGUUCGGGAGAGUCCUUGGCUGCGUGGGCACUGCCCAGCACAGGCGGGGCCGUGGAUCGGGAGGCAGCAAGGAGGACCUUAAAACUGACCACACCCGCCUACGGUGACCUGAAUCACCUGGUGUCUGCUACCAUGAGUGGGGUCACCACGUGCCUGCGCUUCCCGGGCCAGCUGAACACCGACCUGCGGAAGCUGGCGGUGAACAUGGUUCCAUUUCCCCGGCUGCACUUCUUCAUGCCCGGCUUUGCCCCGCUGACCAGCCGGGGCAGCCAGCAGUACCGGGCCCUGACCGUGGCUGAGCUCACUCAGCAGCUCUUUGAUGCUAAGAAUAUGAUGGCCGCCUGUGACCCCCGUCAUGGCCGCUACCUAACCGUGGCUGCCAUUUUUAGAGGUCGCAUGUCCAUGAGGGAGGUGGAUGAGCAAAUGUUCAACAUUCAAAAUAAGAACAGCAGCUACUUUGCUGAAUGGCUCCCUCACAACGUGAAAACAGCCGUCUGUGACAUCCCACCCCGGGGGCUAAAAAUGUCGGCCACCUUCAUUGGUAACAACACAGCGAUCCAAGAGCUCUUCAAACGCAUCUCUGAGCAGUUUACAGCUAUGUUCAGGCGCAAGGCCUUCCUGCACUGGUACACGGGCGAGGGCAUGGAUGAGAUGGAGUUCACCGAGGCCGAGAGCAACCUGAAUGACCUGGUGUCAGAAUACCAGCAAUGCCAAGACGCCACAGCUGAGGAGGAGGAGUUUGAGGAGUGUGCGGAGGAGGAGGAGGUAGCCUAG